GGCCGGAAGCGGUCAGGGGGGAGUUGCAGCUGGAGUGAAGCCUUCUCAGCUGGGCGGUCUGGGGCCCGUCUCGCCGCCGGCCCAUCGCCUCCCGGAGCCGCAGAGCGGAGCCAGCGCCGGGCAGACAUGGAUUUCCGGGAGAUCCUGAUGGUGGCGUCUGAGCAGCAGGGGCUGAGCGCGGUGUCGAAAAGAUACAGUUUGGCAGUAGGCCCUCCCAAAAAAGAUCCAAAAGUCAAGGGCGUCCAUUCUGCAGCAGUGCAAGCUUUUCUGAGACGGAAAGAAGAAGAAAGUAGGGGAAAAGAACUAGAGGCAAAAAGGAAGAAGGAGGAACUUCUAGCUAAGCGUAUUGAACUGAAACAUGACCGAAAAGCAAGAGCUAUGGCUUCACGGACAAAGGACAACUUUUAUGGCUAUAAUGGCAUUCCUAUUGAAGAGAAGCCUAAAAAGAGGCAGACUUGUGAAAAUGUCGAUCGAUGCACAGAUGCAGAAUAUAUGACAGAAGAUGAGGCAGAGCAAUUUGAAUACAGUCAGACUGAAUCUGAGCAUGAACCAGAGGAAUAUGAAGAGAAACCAUCCAAAGCUGCAGUGAAACCAAAGGCACCUCCCAAAAGUGCCCCUACCCCUAUGAACUUUGUAGAUCUUCUGAGGCUGGCUGAAAAAAAACAGUAUGAACCAGUAGAAAUAAAAGUAGUGAAAAAGACAGAAGAAAGGCCAAGAACAGCAGAAGAAUUGAGAGAGAGAGAAUUUUUGGACCGGAAAAACAAAAAAGGGGAAAUCCAGAAAGAGAAGAAAAAACCUGAAAAAGAGAUUAAGAAUGUAACUGCAUCAAAUUCUUCAAAUAAAGUGUUUUCUCAGAAAGACUUUAUAAAUGCAAAACUUAGCAAAAACUCAGUGGAUAAACAUUCCUCUUCAAAAGGUAGUUUCCCCUCUCAGUGUGGUGCUGAUAAGAAAUCCAGUGGGCCUGUGUUUAGCGACAAACAUGCAAGGUCAUCAUCUUCCUCCAAAUCCAGUCAAGUGGAAAAAGCAAAAGUCACACAAAAUGGAUCUUUAAAAAGCUCAUCGAGUGGCAUCCAUAGUAAAUCUUCAGUCAAUGGAGUAGGAAAAUUUGGGUCAAGCACUCAUACACCAAACGCAAAAGCACCUGCUAAUGGGGCUCAGAAACUACAAUCUGUUAAAGAACUUAGUCUGAAAAAAUCUACUUCUGUCCAUACAAAACUGGGUAGUGCAACAUCCCCUCAGCAUGAAAUAGUUAAAAAUUCCAGCUCUGGGCGGCCGGGGAGCAGUGCAGGGUCGGGCGGGCCCGGGCGGCCGGGGAGCAGUGCAGGGUCGGGCGGGCCCGGGCGGCCGGGGAGCAGUGCAGGGUUGGGCGGGCCCGGGCGGCCGGGGAGCAGUGCGGGGUCGAGCGGGCCCGGGCGGCCGGGGAGCAGUGCGGGGUCGGGCGGGCCCGGGCGGCCGGGGAGCAGUGCGGGGACAGGUAGGCUGGGGAGCAGUGCGGGAACAGGCGGGCCUGGUAGGCCGGGGAGCAGUGCGGGGUCGGGCGGGCCCGGGCGGCCGGGCAGCAGUGCGGAGACGGGUGGGCCCGGGCGGCCGGGGAGCAGUGCGGGGACAGGUAGGCCGGGGAGCAGUGCGGGAACAGGCGGGCCUGGUAGGCCGGGGAGCAGUGCGGGGUCGGGCGGGCCCGGGCGGCCGGGCAGCAGUGCGGAGACGGGUGGGCCCGGGCGGCCGGGGAGCAGUGCGGGGACAGGUAGGCUGGGGAGCAGUGCGGGAACAGGCGGGCCUGGUAGGCCAGGGAGCAGUGCGGGAAUGGGCGGGCCCGGGUGGCUGCCCAGCUGUUCGGGGACAGGCGGGCCCGGGAGGCUGCCCAGUAGUGCAGGAACGGGUGGGCCGGGGCGGCCAGGGAGCAGUGCGGGGAUGAGCAGGCCGGGGAGCAGUUUGGGGAUGGGCGGGCCCGGGCGGCUGUCCAGCAGUGCGGGGACGGGCGGGCCCGGGCGGCCGGGGAGCAGUGCGGGAAUGGGCAGGCCGGGGAGCAGUGUCAGGAUGGGUGGGCCCGGGCGGCCAGGGAGCAGUGCGGGGAUGGGUGGGCCUGGGCGGCCGGGGAGCAGUGUGAGGAUAGGACCUGGAAAGUCAGUCAAUUCAAGCGUGGAACCUGGGCGACCAGGCAGCGGCUCAGCUGCACCUCCAAAACCUAAGUGCACUGUUGUAUCAGAAACAAUCUCAUCUAAAAAUUUAGUCUCCAGACCAAGUAAUGUACCAAUGAAUGGAACGAGACCUCCUCCAGGGCAUAGACCAGUGUUUCAUCCACAAGGUCUUCCAAGGCCUUCUCUUCCACCUAUAAGUUAUAAAAGGCAAAUAGAAGAUGAUGAGGAAUAUGACUCUGAAAUGGACGAUUUCAUUGAUGAUGAAGGGCAACCCCAGGAAGAAAUAUCAAAACAUAUUCGAGAAAUAUUUGGCUAUGAUCGGAAUAAAUAUAAAGAUGAAAGUGAUUAUGCCUUACGUUACAUGGAGAGCAGCUGGAAAGAGCAACAAAAAGAGGAAGCCAGGAGUUUGAGACUUGGUGUCCAAGAGGACCUAGAAGAGCUGAGACGUGAAGAGGAGGAAUUGAAACGUAAGAGGCAGGCAAAGAAGCUGAGGACACGUUAACUGAUUUACAGUGGUUUUGUUCUGUUUUUCUACUGUCCUGGUCACCCCUUUGCCUCAAUAUUUCAGCUCCUCUUAUACUAUAACUUUAGUUUUUAUUUGCUUAUUGGUGAGCAAGAAAAUAUGUAAAGGGAGGAGAGGGCAUAGAAAAACAUGGCUUUAGUUUGACCCUAAAAUAUUUAUUUUUAAUACUUGCCAGGGUUAAUUUUUUACAAAAAGAAACUAAUGCAGAUUUUUGGAAUAAAAGCUAUUAAUGAAUGUUUCCAUUGACUAAAUUAGUUCAAAAUGCCAGCAGAAAUAUUGACUAACUAUGCACUGGCUUGCAAGAUUUAUGUGGGCCCAUACACCAGUAAAUCAGACUUGCAUUCUUCAUUUGACGUGGGGAAAAAAAAGAUGAAUGCCAUUUAUGUUCCUUAGUUAUUUUUGAGAGAUAAAAGUACUGCUUUAUGUCUUAAAUCUCCAGAAUUAGGAUCCCUCAAAAUAUUGAAAUAUCUUCUGUUCAAAACAGCUUGGUUGUAAAUUUCAGCCAUUGCCAGUAAUGUUUAAAGCAAUAAAAUGAUGUGUUUUUCUGAUUUGAGAACCUUGUGUCUUAACAAAAAUAGUAAUUAAACAAACAGAAGAACCUUUAAUUUCUAAAAAAUGCUUGUCAUUCAUUAUACCUUGCAUUUAGCAGUGUGACCAAGUUUACAUUGGCAUUUUUUAUGUCUGGAAUGUCAAUGCCAACCGAUUUCAGUAAAACACAAAUAAACAUUUUUCCUGGAAAAUAGGAAUUUGCAACGUUUGUAUAUAACUAGUGCUUUUUAGCUCAAGCAAAUGCUUAGGAAUUUUUUUCUGCCCUGUAAAUCUUAAAAUUGAUCUUAGUUUCAUCUGUUUUUACACAUUGAGUGUACAGUACACUUUUUUGUUUUCUCUUGUAUUAAAAAUCAGUUUUUUUUUUUAAAUAUGAAGCAGUUAUUUAUGCAAGCAGUUCCAAAGUCUGGAAGAGUACAUUAGAAUGAAGUUGUGUGAAAUACAGAAUUUUCAGAUAUUUUUUUAUGAUCAAGCCAAGAUGCAUUUGCAAUUCCUCUGUGAUAUCAAAUAACUUUGCAGUUGUCAUGCUGAAUUUAACUAGUGAAUACUUCUGAUUUAAUUUUAGUGAACCAAAAAUUUAAAUGUAAUGUGUAUCAAGAGAGUUCCACCCUCUAUUUUGAUGCCCAUAUUGCACCUUUAUUUCAAGCUAUGCACUACAAAGAUACGUUUCCUCUCAGUAAAUAAGCGUGUAAACAGUAGGCACACAGUUCAUCUAAAUCUGCAGAGAUUGCACUCUGGGUUCACAGCCCUAAUCUAAUGAUGCAUUACUUUUUAUCCCACAAGCUACCAUAGUGUGUGGUCUCAUCAAAGAACCAGUAUCACUACUCUACUCUGCUUCAAGCAUUAGCUCUCCAUUAGUAGUACUUCUACCAUUAGAUACUUGAACUGUUGCUAACCUCUAAUGCUAGAAGCAAUUGGCAAAGUGUUACAAGGUUAUUGGGGGUAAGUGGAAGAGACUGGCCAAGGAAUAAGGAGGAGGUGGGGGAAGAGAAAUUGCAUGCAAAAUGAGUAGAUACACAAGGACGGAGGGAACUUAGCCUAUCAGAGAGCAUUUCUUGUCAUUGCUGUCUCCAGAAACACCAAUUCUAGCAUCAAAGUGGAAGGGCCAUUUGGCAGCAGGUGACCUGACUCACUGUAAGGAAAAAAAGGGACAUUGUCCCUAUUAUAAACUGUUUUGGGCAGUGGUGAAUCAGUCCAUCUUUUCAACACACUGCUAAAACGAAUGAACCCUUUGGAUAGUCGUUACAGGUUUGUGUAGUAGUAAUUGACAGAUACCCAAAUUAAGGUAAUUACCAGUGCACCUAUGUAUUUUUUUAAAAAGUGUGUAUAUUGCAUAACAUAAAAACUGAUCCAGCUCUAUUGUACUUGAGAUAUCUCAAGUACAAUAGAGCUGGAUCAGUUUUUAUGUUAUGCAAUAUAUUUGAGAUGAUGCAAGAUACUGUAACCUGAUUGGUUGAUUAUUUACAUGCCAUUGUAUGUUUGCUCUAAUUAAUGGGACCAGCUGAAUUGAUUGCUGUAGUUUCUAGAAUUAUCCACUCAAGACAAUGACUGAAUGUUGGGACCAUGACCAAGUGGCUAUUCAUUUUUUUAAACUGAAUUGAACCUCUAGAUCUUUGUCAGCCCAGAUAACUAUAUUAGCCACGAACAAUCAUCUGAAUUGUUGAAAAAAACUUUGGAAAUGAAAAAAUGUAUUCACUGUUUGAUCCACUGAAAUUUUUAAAAGUGUGUAUUAGAAAAUGACACUUCUAAAACAUUCAGUUUAGAGCUAAAUCUGCAUUUCAGAUAAAAAUAGGUGAAAUAAAGCCCUGAUUAUCCUUUUUUUACUUAUGUAAUUGGCAGAGAGAUGCUGUAAUUAACCACUAUUACAAGAUUAGUUCAACUCUUUUAUCUUGAAAGCACUGUGUUGUCGUUUGUCUUGUACAAGAUGACUGGAAUAUUGUCUGCAUUGCCAGCCUUCGUCAAACACAGUACACCUUGUGCUGUAUUUGUUCCCUCAUAAAAUAAUCAUUGUUUAACAUUUUUUUUUGAUAUUUCAUAUAGAAAUUUAAUUCACUCUUUGCAGUCAAAUACUUUCUCAUAGCUAGUAUGGGUUACUAAUGAUUUUUCAAACUUUGUACAAGUUACUAGAUUUUAAUUAACCUGUCUUUGUACAUUUACUGCAUUCUUACUGCUUGUAAAUCAGCUAGGAAAGUACUAAAAAAAUAUUUUAUAUCCAAAAAUCUGUUUACUCUCUACCAGAUAAUUAAUUUUAUUUUGUUAACGUAGUCAAUAUCUGAUGAGACUUCAAAAGACUUUGAAGUAAAAAACAAACAAAAAAAACCCACUGCCUAUUCCUGCUUAUAAGGAUUACAUGUUAAGCUAGUGACGUUCAUUAUAAUUAAACUUUUAUUUUGGUUUUUAGAUUUUAAAUUCAAUGUUUGAAGAUGUGCCUUUUUUUACUAAAUUGGGUCUAAAAAAUCUAUUCAUGAAUGUAAGAGUAUAAAAAAGUAAAGAUUAGUCUGUUUCUGCUAUCACGGAUGACAGAUCUUUAAACUUGAUAGUCUGAAAUGAUUAGUUUUCAUAAAACCCUUCUAGGUCAGGCUUCGACUGCACAAUUAUAGUAGCUAUUUCUUUACCUGUAUUACUAAAAGAAAUUAAGGGCACUUUGUAUUAGACUUUUUGAAUUUACAAUUCAGCUGUGCUUACGCAUCACAGGACUGUCCUUGGGAGAUCAGGGUAGUGCAUCACAGGAAGCCUUAGUGUGCAAUUCUGUGAUGUGUUUUAAAGUAGAAAUCUUUCAAAGUAGAUGAAAUCUCUUCACUGGAGUCUGGAAUUAUUUUUGUGUAAACCCCAAAAUUGUGCAGGAAAACUUUUUUUUUUUCUCAUUUUGAAACCUGACUAGUAUCUGAAGUAUAUUUCCCAAUACAGCAGAAGACCAAAACAGAGAGAGAAAAUAUAUGGAGAGAGACUGGUGAUUAAAUUGUGAUGAAUAUACUUGACUUUUAUUUAUUCCGGUGCGUGUGAUGCAAUAUUGAAUUGUCUGUGUAAUUGAAUGCUUUCUAGUUUAGCCUAUGAUUUUCUUUGGGGGUUUCAUUUGUGCACAGUGUCUUUUUACACAAUGUGACAAAUCAGGUAAAAACGUACAUAGCUUAACUGUUUUCUGGGUGCUGUCAAGAAAGUGUACACUUUUGCACUUGCAGAAUGCAGAUAAAAGUUUUGCAUAUUAUGUAUAUAAUAAAUUACAGGUAUUAAACAUUUUAUUUAUCUUU